AAAAAUUACAAAACCCACUGACCACUACCAUCUUUGUCUGCACAAAUUAGAACCUCAGAAUCAUGGGGUCAUUGGGCGGUGGCUUUAACGGCGGAAUAUGGGGAAUGCGGCCGUUUGAUUCAGAAAACGGAAGAAACAGACGGAACUCACCCAAAUCAUCAUCCGAAUCAUCACAGGUUGCCGGAGAAAGAGGCGGAUGGUUCCCUAUGAAGCCAGCAGUGACAGCCGCCACUCUUGCCCUAACCGGUGACACCAUUGCUCAGGUUCGAGAAAGAUGGGUCAACUCCAAAUCUCUCCAAAGUCAACACCCUUCUGAUCAUUCUAAUCAGGAUGUCACAUGGAGUCUGCUGGACCAUAAUUGGCUCCGAGCCCUGCGAAUGGCUUCUUAUGGGUUCCUUCUGUAUGGGCCUGGUUCUUACGUCUGGUACCAGUAUCUUGAUCGUUGCAUGCCAAAACAGACAGCACAGAACAUUAUAAUGAAGGUUGUAUUGAACCAAAUUAUACUUGGUCCAUCUGUCAUUGCUGUUGUUUUUGCAUGGAAUAAUCUGUGGCAAGGGAAGCUUUCAGAGCUUCCGAAUAAGUAUCAGAAAGACGCUCUUCCUACAUUACUUUUUGGAUUUAGAUUCUGGAUUCCCGUCAGCGUGAUUAAUUUCUGGGCGAUUCCUCUUCAAGCGCGUGUUGCUUUCAUGUCCAUGAAUUCUAUAUUCUGGAAUUUCUACUUGUCUUCUACUAUAAGCAAGUGAAACUUUUCUUCUGCAAAUUCUAGUCCUUAACAACAGGUGAAUGGUUGCGGUGCGGACUCAAAAGUGUUAUAUUCAUCUUUGCUUGAUUGGUUCUUUGGAUGUUUAGACCAUAACAUUUCAAAUUUUGAUGUUUUUGAAAAAACCCAAGGUUCUCACACCAAUGUUGAUCUAGACAAACAAACCAAUGAAAUAUAUGGUCCAGAGCUUACUUGAGUGUCCAAAA